AUGAUGGCAAUAGCCAUGCUUCAAAAUGGCCAGCUGCCUUUGUUUGUAGAGGAGGAUAUUCUGCUGCAAAUUGUUUCUGAAGGCGUGUGUUUGGAUCCUUGUGUUGCCAAACUUCAACAUGGUCUCGAAGUGCUGGGAAUGUUAUCAGCCCUUCAGGAGCUGCCAAUGUUGAUUCAUCUCCUGAGACCUCAAGGACAGCAGAAGCUUGGAGUGCAAAUGCUGCUUCACAUUUUGAAGCCACAGUUUUCAGAGGAGGGGUCUAAUGCACUCAAAAAGGAAAAAGAAGUUUAUCAACUCUUUGUUAGAUAUGUUCGUGAAGUAGCAGCUUCCAGGAGGGUAUGUGGAAAGACUACCCUUAAUUUGAGUCAUAUUCUUCAAUUUGCCACUGGUUCACCAGAGGAACCCGUCCUUGGUUUUACGCUUGCUCCGUCGUUGGAGUUCAUAUUACCCACAGAAUUGAAAGUUACAAGUCAGCAAGGACUUAGUGAAGGGCAACACCCAAAUGUGGAGGGUGGCUUCCUGCCUCUAGCCCAUACCUGCACCAAUUUGCUUCAGGUUCCAAGACCGACUGAUGCAUUGCCUUUGCCCUCUACCCAGAGACUGUUUGCCCUGUAUGACUUGGCAUUCUCGCAGUGUUACUUUGGCAAAAAGUAA